AUGGAUAGUGGUGUCCAAUCUCCGCUUAUUAGGUCUGGUAAUGAAAAUGGAGUGUGUGAUAUGGGCAGCGGGGUUAGAGGAUGUGGAGAUUUUACUCCUUCCCCUUGCAUUAAUGAUGAAAGUAUUGAUUUGAGAUCACCUAUAGGGAGUUUUGAGACAUCAAAAACAGUGGUGGGAAGUAACCAGAAUAGUAUUGUCAUAGUGGAAGAACCUAAAGUAGGGAUGGUCUUUACAUCAUGGCAAGAUGUUGAAGCAUUUUACAAAGAAUAUGGGGAGCAAAAAGGUUUUGGUGUGAGUAGGGUUCAGGGUGUGUUAUCGAAAGGCGAGAGGAGGCAUAGAAUAUUUACAACAUGGCGGUGUGAGUGUUAUGGUAAGCCUGAUAUGAGGGCGCAAAGGGAGGCCAAAAAGAGGGCAAAGGCUAUGGGUGUAUGUGGUUCAGGUGGAGUUGUUGGUGGAGUGGAGUUUGAGGAUGAGCUUAGUUGCAGUAAAAGGAGGUCUAAGAAGUGUGACUGUAAAGCAAAGGUUUAUGCUAGCUUGAAUCGGCAGGGGCAAUGGGAAAUUAAGGGCGUUGAGUUGGAACAUACAAAUCACACACCUAAACCUAGUGAUGCAAAGCUUGUGAAAGAAUAUCGAAUGAAAAACUUUAAUUCCAGGGCUAGAAAGAGGUUAGAGAAUUAUUUUAACUUGGGUGUACCUGUGUCUCAAAUUCAUGGGUGUUUUAGAACGGAGAUGGGAGGCUCGGACCCUUUGUCUUACACUGUCAAAGACCUUCAACAUGAGGUAUACAGAAUCAGGAGAUUAAAGAUGGAGGGGGGUGAUUCUGCAGCAAUGAUGACAUAUUUUCAGGAGAUGCAAGCUGCUAAUCACGACUUUUUUCACUCUCAACGGUUGGAUGCGGAGGGAAGGCUGAAAGACGUGUUGUGGGUGGAUGCUCGUAGCAGGGCUUCAUAUGAGGAGUUUGGAGAUGUCUUAUGUUUUGAUGCAACCUAUCUGACAAAUCCAUACGACCUUCCAUUUGUUAAUUUUGUGGGGGUAAAUCACCACGGGCAGUCGAUAUUGCUAGGAUCUGCUCUUGUAUCCCAUGAAGAUUGUGACACGUACCGGUGGGUGUUUCAACAAUGGUUACAUUGUAUGAACAAUACCCCGCCCAAAGCUAUACUCACUGAUCAGGCUGCUUCCAUGAGGAAGCCACUGGAAGAGGUGAUGCCAACUUCCCGACAUCGGUGGUGCAUAUGGCACAUAAUGCGAAAGAUUUCAGAAAAACUGGGCAAAUGUGAAAGGUACCAAUACCUGAAAGUUGAGAUGAAGAAAGUUGUAUAUGAGAGUUUUACAGUAAUGGAGUUUGAGAACAAAUGGAAUGCAUUCAUUGUUGAGUACAAGUUGCAAAACAAUGAUUGGCUAUGCGAUUUGUAUUUGGAACGUCAUAUGUGGGUACCUGCUUUCAUGAUAAACUACUUUUGGGCGGGUAUGAAGACAACACAGAGGGUGGAAAGUAUAAACAGUUUCUUUGAUGGCUUCCUUACGCGCAACACAAAGCUGUGUGAAUUUCCACAAAAGUAUGCAGCAGCCAUGGAUAAACGAGUUGGAGAUGAGACGGAUGCUGAUGCAAAAUGCUCGAAGUACAUUCGAAGACUCGUAAGUGGUUUCACUGUGGAAGAUGUGUUUCAGAAGAUAUAUACUGACACCAAGUUCCAAAAGGUGCAAAAUUAA